AUGACGGCGGAGAACCCAGGUGAUACGCAUGCUGGCGGUCAACGCCCUUCCUUGCGGAUUAAGCUGGUCAUGCCUGAAAUCGAAAGGCAGCAACAGCAGAACUCACAUGCACAAAUAAGACAUACCGUUGAGUCUGAAUCUAGUCAUAGUCCUGAACGACCGUCAUACUCCCCAGUAACUCCUACAUUGUCGCAUACCGACCUCGCCACUCAUGAUGACUCUCAGCGAGACUUGCCGCAAUGGAUAAGCGAACGACCAGAGCCGCUUCCUGUAAGCCUCGACGACAAUCCUGACGCCAUUGCCCUAAGAUCAGCACUGUCAGUACUUCAAUUACAACGCCAAAAGGCGCUGCAGGAUAUGCGAGAUCUCGACAAGAUGAAGAGAGCGGCUCUAGAAGAUCCCGAGCAAUUUGUCAAAGAUCUUGCAGGCGGCAACUUGACCCGUCCUGCUGCGGCCGAGUUCGACGUGGCUGACGAUGAAUCUGCAACGGAUGCAACCGCCGGGCAGAGUUCAAAAUUUGGCAGCUUUCCAAGUCCGCAGAAUGUGUUUCGAUGUCCUCCUAUUGAGUGGGCAAAAUACCAUAUUGUCGGUGAACCAUUAGAUCGAAUGCACGAGGUACAGCAACAUUACCCGGGGUAUGCCGAGGAGUUGCAUGAUGGCUCAGACCGACCCCAGCCUCAUGUCGUCGCAGCUCCUUACCGGCCAUUUGUGGACAAGCUGGACCGCGGACGAUCACCGAAAAAGCCCUGA